UACACAAGAGGAACUGCGAUGAGUAGCGGUUUGAAAACCUUUCAAAUUAACAAUGGAGCUUUUUAAAACGUUAUCCUUGGUCCUGUGGAUUUUACUGGUGAAAAUAAAGCAAGAUUGCACCGCCGAGGAAGUUCUGUUGCUGGAUUCCAAAGAGUCACAAGCUGAGUUGGGUUGGACCUCACAUCCGUCUAACGGAUGGGAAGAGAUCAGCGGAGUAGAUGAAAAUUACAAGCCCAUUCGAACAUACCAGGUCUGCAAUGUAAUGGAGCCCAACCAAAACAACUGGCUGCAAACCAGGUGGAUCUCACGUCGCUACGGCCAGAGAAUCUUUAUUGAGCUCAAAUUUACGCUGAGGGAUUGUAACAGCAUUCCCGGAGUCGUGGGAACAUGCAAAGAGACUUUUAAUCUUCAUUACAUCGAAUCAGACGCUGACCUGGGCCGGAACAUCAAGGAAGGAAAGUACAUCAAAAUCGAUACGAUAGCUGCCGACGAGAGCUUUACUCAAGGAGAUUUGGGGGAGCGCAAAAUGAAGCUCAACACGGAAGUAAGGGAAAUAGGACUUCUGAACAGGAAAGGGUUUCAUCUCGGGUUUCAGGACGUCGGGGCCUGUGUGGCCCUCGUUUCGGUGAGGGUUUAUUUCAAAAAGUGUCUUUCCACCGUGCAGAAUUUGGCAGUCUUUCCUGACACCAUUGCAGAGGCGGCUUUUUCGACCCUGGUGGAGGUGAGGGGGACGUGUGUGAACAACUCUGAGCUGGACAUGGAUAGCCCACCCAGAAUGCACUGCAGUGCUGAGGGCGAGUGGCUUGUUCCCAUUGGAAAGUGUACUUGUAGUGCUGGAUAUGAGGAAGGACACAGCAGCUGUGAAGCUUGUCCAGCUGAAUUCUACAAAAUGUCCCCUCGGCAGCAGGAGUGUUUUCCAUGUCCUGAGCACAGCUACACGCAGGAGGAGGGGUCCACCAUGUGCCAUUGUGAGGAAGCCUACUACAGAACCACUCAGGACUCCCCAUCGUCAGCCUGCACCAGGCCUCCUUCUGCUCCCGUUAACCCUGUGUACAGCAUGAAGCAGUCGACUGUCAUAAUAGAGUGGGGUCCCCCUGAGGACUCGGGGGGCAGAGGGGACGUCUCAUACAGCGUUGUGUGCAGCAGGUGCUCUGGCCCUUCAGGGCAGUGUGAGCCCUGUGGCAGCAGUGUUGGCUUUGUGCCGCAGCAGACAGGAUUGAUUGACAGGACCGUUACCAUUGUGAACCUGUUACCACACACGAACUACACAUUCCAAGUGGAAUCCCUGAAUGGAGUAUCAGGCUUGAGCCCCUGGCAGAGACAGUACGCCCAGAUCAAUGUCUCCACAAGCUUGGCAGCUCCCUCACUUAUCAGCAACAUUCACACCGACAAAAUCGACCAGAAGAGCAUCACCUUAGCAUGGCGAGAGCCCAGCUACCCAAGCAACAACGGAACGGAAUAUGAAAUCAAAUAUUACGAAAAGGACCAGAAGGAUCAAAGCUACUCGACAGUUAAAACAGCAUCCACACCAAUGACAGUGCAUAACCUCAAGCCAGGGACUGUCUACGUGUUCCAGAUCCGAACCCUCUCUUCCACCAACCACGGAAGCUACAGCCCUCCCUUCGAGGUGGAAACACUAGGAGAAUUGGCUCUGGCGCCUAGCGAGCAGAACCCUGUCAUUGUCAUUGUGGUGGUGUCUGUGGCCGCAUUCAUCAUGCUGCUUUCCAUGGGGGUCGGUUUAAUGAUUUGGAGAAGACAAUGCGGGUACAGCAAAGCAAGCCAAGAUGGGGAUGAAGAGUUAUAUUUCCAGUUUAAGAUUCCAACCAGAAGAACAUACAUUGAUCCUGAUACCUGUGAAGACCUUAUCCAAACUGUCCACCUGUUUGCCAAAGAACUGGACAAUUCCAGUAUCAAAAUAGAGAGAAUCGUCAGCACAGGUGAGUUUGGAGAGGUCUGCAGAGGGUGUCUGAAGCUGCCCAGUAAGAGAGAGCUUCCUGUGGCCAUCAAAACGUUACGGGCCGGCUGCUCCGAGAAACACAAGUGUGUCUUCCUGACAGAAGCCAGCAUCAUGGGGCAGUUCGACCACCCCAAUAUCCUCCGCCUGGAGGGGGUGAUCACUCGAGGAAGCACAAUGAUGAUUGUUGUUGAGUGCAUGACAAAUGGGGCCCUGGACACUUUUCUACGGAAACAUGAAGGCCAGUUUACUGUAAUUCAAUUGAUUGGGAUGCUUUGUGGAAUAGCGUCUGGAAUGAAAUAUCUCACCGAGAUGGGCUAUAUACACAAAAGCCUUGCAGCCCAUACAAUCUUAGUCAACAGCAACCUGGUAUGCAAAGUUUCAGGAUUCAGACCAUCACGAGAAGAUAAAAUAGAGGCAGUUUACACAACUGUGGGUGGGAAGAGUGCCGUCCUAUGGACAGCUCCAGAGGCCAUCCAGUACCACAGGUUCAGUUCAGCUUCGGAUGUUUGGAGCUUCGGCAUAGCGAUGUGGGAAGUGAUGUCCUAUGGUGAGAGGCCGUACUGGGAUAUGUCCAACCAGGAUGUAAUUAAGGCAAUCGAAGAUGGUUUCCGUUUGCCACCUCCUAUGAACUGCCUCACACCACUUCAUCAGUUAAUGCUGGACUGCUGGCAGAAAGAUCAAAACGAAAGACCAAAAUUUGCACAGAUCCACAGUAUCCUAAACAAAAUGGUUCGGAACCCAGAAAGUAUAAAAACAUCCACAGUUCCUCGCACAAGUUCCAGACCUCAGAGUACCUCCAUUCCUCUUAUUGAGCGGACCUUGACGUCAUUCCCCUGUUUUAACUCGGUCGGAGAGUGGCUGGAGGCGAUUGACAUGGGCAGAUACAAAGACAACUUCACAGCAGCUGGGUACUGCUAUCUGGAGUCAGUAGCACGAAUGACAGUCCAAGAUGUGAUGAGUCUGGGGAUUACUUCUGUCGAUCAUCAGAAGCUGAUCCUGAGUGCCAUUCAGAGUUUACGAGCGCAAGUCAUACAGAUGCACGGCCGAGGGGUCCAGGUGUAACCCCCCCGGGGGAAAAAUCACUUGAUAAAACUUAACUGCCACGGGAGGAAGCUGUGUGAGUCCAUACAGCAACUCAAGACAGUCUGGGCAACCAGGCAAAAGGGAGCAGUAAAGUACUGCAGCGUCUUAUCACCAACCCAGGUUCACGUUACUGUGAUAGUGAUGGAGGGCUUUGCAACCUGUGGCACUGCACUGGCUCUGCAACGGUACAGACUGUAUUUCUUAACUCAUUCUGUUCAUUAUAUGGGUUAAAUAAUGUACUUCUGACUGUCCUGAGAAUGUUAGGAUCGAAGAGAACAAUGGAUUAACCUUACAGGGCCCAAAGAUCGAUUUUCCAGGUUCUGUAUUUUGGAAAUCUGAGUAUUCACUGGUAAAAGAGAUGGUUCCCUCAAAAAGCAGAUCACUAUGUAUAUUCUCCUUUAACUGGAGUAUGUGCAAAUAUAAUUCUUUUAAUGCUAGUACUAUGAGUUGGUUUACACAACAUACUUAUUUAUUUAUUUAUGUUGCUUUUUUAAACUCGGCUGUCCUUUGCUUGAGCAGGUGCCAUACAUUACGGGACUUGAACGCCCUUAAAGAAAUAUUACAAUAUUGACGUUACUACAACAAAUCUGAGUAAUUUGAGUAAAGAAACUUACCUUGGAGAAGAACUCUUUAGUGUGUGUGUGUGUGUGUGUGUGUGUGUGUGUGUGUGUGUGAGAGAGAGAGGUGACAAGAUCAAUAAAUAACUUUGUUAACAAUAGUGUACACAAAGCUACCGAUGUCUGCAGAUGACCUUGGAGAUAUUUGGAAGGUGUUUAUGAAGCUAUUCCAGUUUUCUUACUAAGCGCAAACAUUAUAUAUAGUCUUGCUGCUGACUUCAUUGGAAAGAGUAAUUCCAAUUAGCACUCAUCAUGUAAAUAGGCAACAUAUUAAAUGAUAUCUAGAGCAUCUGGUUACAGGAAAAUGAACCAUUAGCAUUUGAACACACACAGAGAGUGAAUGUGCAAUGUAAGGUGUUCUCUGUGCUAGUAUUCCCAUGUGUACGAAGUACAAUUCGGAGGGGAGGGGGGUCUCGAGCCCCUCGAUUUUUCAAACAACCGUCUUUAGCUUACUAUGCAGGAUAAAGUGAUGUGAAUAUUGCCCAACGCUCAGCUGAAAUGCUGUUGUGUGCAUGCAUACUAAACAGGCCUUACAAUUACAUCCACAUGCUUUCAGGUACCUAGAGACCAUUAACUAUAAGACCUGCACAUAAUCAGAGAUGGUUAAUAAGAACAUGCAACAUAGGUAGAUCCUAUUCACAAAGAUAUUACAACCUCUCUGCCAUGACAAAUGGCCACAAUCAAAGGUAGGCCAGAGCUCACAGGGUAGAAUGGCACAUCAUUAGUCAAAUGAGACUGGUAGUAAGACUUACAUUUGCAAUAAAACGUAAUAAAGCAUUAUUACUGCAUUGCGCCCUAUCUUCUACAAUUUCAGAAUGUUUGUUUUGACAGUGUUGUUCAGGCUGCGUGAACUUGUUUAUUAUUGCAUUAUGACUUCAAUAUGUUUAUAUGUUAUUACAAGACAAUGUAGCCUCUCAUAUUCGGGGAUGGAUUUUCAGUACUGACUAGACAUGCCUGGUUUGGUUCCCAGGAUCUGACAUCAAAAUCCUAGGCUUGGUGUGGUUGCAGGCUCAAAUCUCAGAAUAUCUAAUAUCGGAAAUGAAUGUGAAUAGUGGUAUGGCAUUGUGGUUGUUGUAAAGCAGAACGACUCUUUUUCUGAGCCUAGGUAUACCUAACAAAAUGUCAGUUAAGACAAAAUAAACCUACAGUAUGUACGGACAUUGCCUGAAAGUCACUCUACAUGCAGAGACUGUGACAAAGGAGAUUUGUUUUCUAGUAAAAUCAAUGACUGAUAAGGUACUUUACUGCACAAGCCACACACACACUCUUUUGCAGCUUCAGAUUGCUCAGAUCUUAAUGUCUUAUGGCUGGUUUCACAGAUCUUGGAUAUCAGAGUUCAGGGCUUCUCACUUGAUUCAUAUUUGCUACACUGUUUGGUUUUGCAUGGGAAGACUGUUAAUCAUGUCUGGAUUAUUUGUCAGUACUGGCAAGUAAAGCACGUUUUGUUUGACUCAAGGCGUUGAUAAGAGAAAUUCAGUUUGUUUCGGAGAACUCAGGGCAACAUGUUACGGUAUGUAUUUCAGGUUUUUUGCAUAUGUAUAUUUUUGCUUCGUGAUUUGCACUCUGUUUGAAAAAUGUCUAUUAAAGCUAUACUAUAAUUUCGAUUCUGGUUGCUCCAGUGCAAAUUUUAACCCAAUUUGUUCUGCAAAAACUAGCAAAAAAACAAUUGUAACUGCUAGUCUUUGCGCAUUAAAUAGAGUACACUUUGCACUAAUAAAAAUUGAUAUCUGUUAUGAUGAGGAAAUGGUGAUUGUAAAACUUUUUUUAAUAACUAGGUAUUGACAACAUUUAUGAAAAUACAUUUUGAUCAAGGUCAGUGUUUCCAUUUAACCGUAUACUGCUGUAGAAUAUAUAUACUUUACAUGUGCCCUGUUGUCUCUGCAUAUAAAAACUGUAAAUGUGCCAUUUUAAAGGAAAACCAUUAUACUGAAAUAAAAGAUCCUAAGGAUCAUGUGUUUUUUGGGGUUUUUUUUGUAUUAGAUAGUCACUGUGCUAAAAGAGAAAUUUAAACCAGCUUGUUGGAGAUACGCAUUUUAUGAUUUAUCCAUAGCAGCAACAUACAGCACUGUAGCUAUCAUUUGAGGCAUGGAAAUAGGUGCUCAAACUUAGCUCAACUGGACAAACUGGACAAACUGGUCACAAACUUGCAGUAAAUUUGUAACGGCUCAAAAAACUAGUUUUUAGAUUAUUAUCAAACAUUUGUAUAAAAAAAAAAAAAAAAAAAAAAGCUAUAUGGUGAUUUACAUAAAUUACAUCCAAAAAGUGGAAAAUGCAUGUGGUACCAUAUAUUUGUGAUCUUGCAUCAAAAAUAAGCAAUGUCAUGAAUACACAUGGUACUACUAAAAUUAAAAAUAAAACCAAUUAAACUAAUUUUUAUAAAUACAGUACUCCUUCAUUUCUCCAUCUGACUUGCACAUCAAAAAAUAUGAAAUAUUAGAAACAAUGAAUUAGUAAAGUCUAGCACAUGACCGUUUACUGUCCACAGUAUAUAUAUGGAUUCCAGUUGUAUUGUUAGUUUGUGUGUGUGUGUGUGUGUGUGUGUGUUUUUCCCCCCCAGGGUAAAGCUGGUUCAAGUUUCUAUGUUUUUUGAUAUCCAUGACCUAUAUGUUAAAUAAUGUAAAUAUGUAUUUCAAAAUGCAAUCUAUUUUUAUAAGUUGUUUCAGAACAAGUGUAUUAUGAUGAUAAUAAUAAUAACUGUCCACUGUGUACCAAUUUUCCUGUUCAAAUUAGGCAUAGAGUUCAAUGACAGUUUCAAGUGUUUCAGAAUAAAGACUUUUGACAUUUUUGUUAUUCUUUUGAUAAUUAAUACUUAUUAGAUCAGAGUUUACUGUUGCAAUAUUAAAGUGUUAUUAAACGUUGCUUAUACAA